ACUCAGUGGGAUUGGACAGUCUUUUUCGAAUUUUGAUUUAUUUCUUAAUCAAAAAUUAUUUUUUUUCUUUUUUGAUUAGGGAACUGUUCAAUUUGGGAUCUGUCCGAUCCUUCCCACCUGUCUGCUGCCUACCUGUUCUUUCCCCUCCAGUCCGAAUACUGGGCCAGUCUAUUUGAUUGGCCCAUAGGUGACUCUUCAGAGCAGUGCAUGCCACGACUCACUCGAUCACAGACCAAGACCAUGGACCGGAAGGAGGGAGAAUCCCUCCUGGCCUAUGAGGAAUGCCUGGCUGCUGUCAUCCAGGAGGCCAAUGACAGGGCUGGCGCCGCGGCCAAGGAACGUGGUCGGAUUGAGCAAGAAGAGGAGGCCAAGCGACAGAAGGAAGAACAGGACCGACUUCGUCAAGAGGAGGCAGACCUGCAGGCGACAGCCGAACAUCGGUCACGCCAGCGGGAGGCCGCACAUUGGGUGCAAGUGGCAUCUGCAGACGAGGCCCCAGAGACUGAGAAAGGGCUGUCAGCCCUUGCGCAGGUCUCCCACGACCUCGUGGCCACCUGCGUUCUGCAGCAAGAGGAAAUCCUUCACCUGCAGCAGACAGUGGACCAGAUGCUCGCACGGCUACAGGCGUUGGAAAAACAGCCAGCCGCUGUAGCAGCCGCAGGGCCUUCAAACCUUGCCACCCGUGUUCAAGUUUUGGAGGACGACGUCAGCAAUAUCAAGCGUGUGCAUCAGGACUUCAGGACGUCGCAGCAAGCAACGAACUUGCAGUUGGAGACGCAGGUCCAGGCGGCUGCCACCGUGACGCCCGCCGCCACAUCCUCCAGGCGCCCACCCAAGCUAGAUGACAUUCCAGUCUUCUGCGAUCAGUCCAAGACGGAACCGAUCCCGUGGUGGCGCCAGUUUACUCUCAGGCUCGACAUGCACCAUGAGUUGACUGACGCCUGGCACAAGCGAUUCCAAGUGGAGCCGCCCGACCUGCARGCGAUGGACAAGCUCAACAAGCUCCAUCAGAACACGCUGCUCAGUCAGGACUGGAUUACCGAGUUCCAAAGACUCGCCUCCACACCUGACCUGCCGCUCGCAUUCCGCGCCAUCAAACACUUGUUUAUCAUGCGCUCGUGUCCAGCUCUGCAAAACGCGCUGACGCAGAUUGCAGAGACACUCGACACAUUUGACAAGCUUUUCAGCACAGCGUCACGGAUCAUUCUCACGAAUAUCGAAGCCCUCGACGCCGACCGAUCUUCCGCGACGACGAGCGGCACCCAGCCCAAGCCAAAGGUGGCUUGCAUUACUUCUACCGAGGCUGCAACACCAAACGAGGGUGAAGUGUUGGCAGCUGCCCGGGAUGGUUGGCCGGCCGCGCAACAACCACGGCCGCGACAAGACGAAGACUCAGUCCACCUCUACACCGAGCACCGGAUCAGCGGCCGACGAACCUUGGGCACAAUACGGACUCUCGACGAAUUCCUAUCGCACGCGACUCAAGUACCGUUAUUGCCUUUGGUGCAACAGCACCAUCCACGAUGCUGCACAUUGCCCCACCAGGGGGAAACCCCGUCCGGGAAAGUAGGCGCCGCUGAGGGUGACUCGACACCUCCCUCGACGACAUCCGAAGCGGUUGUGGCCACGACCGCCCUUUCUUCCGAGGCAUAUGCGGAUGUCGGGAGUCUUCCACUUUCGUUCGAAGACUUCGCUGCCCGGCUCGUUCCUUCACUGGAUGCUUCUCAAGAACAAGAUACAUGUGCGUCUUUCUCACCGUCCGAAGACGAAGUCGCGGUGGGGGACAUGCUUGGCUAUGUUGCCAAGGUGGCCCGCGAGUUUGUCUCGCAACGCGGUUCUAUUGGCCCGACCUUCUCAAGGACGCCACCCGCUAUUGUGAGUCGUGCGAAGUCUGUCGGCAUUGCAAGUCACGCAACCAUCGUCCGUUCGGCGAGCUACACCCAUUACCAGUGCCCCUUGGGCGACGGGAAGCAAUUGCUAUGGAUAUCACCGGCCCCUUUCCGAAGCACAAGACCGGCSUUGAUGGGAUCCUCACGGUCGUCGACCGCCUCACCAAGUACGCCAUGUUUUUGCCUUGCCGCUAUCACGCAACCCAUCUCAUCGCCGCUGGACGCCACUUUGCCGCGCACAGCCGAAAGCGACGACCAUCUUGCGUUCUUUCGUCGCAUGCAAGAGCUUCUUGUCAAGGCACGGGAUCAGAUGUCGAAGACGCAAAUACGGAUGAGCUGUCAAGCCAACCGCAAUCGCCUUCCUUGCCCAUUCUGCGCCGGCGAUCUGGUUUGGGUCUCCGCCGCGGAGUUCAGCCUCGAGCAAGACAUCUCUCGCAAGCUCCUUCCCAAGUGGAUGGGGCCUUGGCGCAUUCUCUCUGCAGUUGGUGAUGAUCUCGAGGGGCCUUCAUUCCGCAUCGCGGUGCCACCUCACUUGCCCGUCCACACGGUGUUCCACUGCUCCGAACUCGCUCCUUUCGUCUCAACGGAGUCCAACGAGUUUCACGGUCGACGUACGCAAGACCCUCCUUCCAUGGACGGAUUUCAGGAGGCCGGCUACAUCAUCACCGACCGGUGCCAUGGCAACAAAGAAACAAAGUUUCUACUUCACUUUUCCUACUGCAGCCACAAGGCUGACCAUUGGCUGACGCGUUCGGAACUGCAGGCCACAGCUCCCGCCGUUCUCUCACGUUAUCUUAGCAAAGGGAAGACUACGCCGAGCACUUCAGCUCCUCGCCUUCCUCGCUACAUUCCGCCAUCGGAUCGUCAGCUUCGCCUGCGCCCUGGCUCGUCUUCAUAAGGAGGGGGGCGUGUUACAUGCUGAAAGCCUACACACGUUCCCCUCACGGGACCUG